GGCUUCGCUAAGCUUGUCUGAGAUGGCAUCGAACGUUUCUAACAUGGCUGAUAACAGGAGCUGUUAUAACUGUGGUCAACGUGGCCAUACUUCAUGUUUUUGUCCUCAUCCUGAUCGGAGGUUACAGGGUGGACAGUCUAAUAGUUUGGCGAUAGUUCCUGCUCAACCAAUUCCUACUUUUCCACCUAUUAUUAAUUCUCAGACUAAUGUUGGUACGGCGGCGCCUGCAUAUCAGAGUUACUCGAAUGGUGGUGGAUGGCUUGGGAAGCGUGUCAGCUCCCUCGAGGAGAUCGUGGCGGAGAUCAAGGUUAAACAUGAUACCGACAAGGCGCGUGAGCAGGCGACGCGCGAGGAGGAGGAGAAUAAGAAGCGAUUAAGUGAGGAGGAGGAGAAGAGGGCGCGUGAUAAGACGGAGAGGGGAGAGUUUCAGGCUCAGAUGAACAGGGAGGUUGGGUUGAAGUUAGAUAAAGUAUAUGAGGCUGUCAAUGUCAAGAAGAACGAAAGUAAUGAUGAACUUACGAAACAGAAGGCGAGAAUUGAGGAGUUGCAGCAGAAACACUGUGUAGCGAGUACAUCUACUGGAGUUCCUAAAGCAACAGUGGGUGGUGAGGAGGUGAUCCGGCUUCGCCGUGAGCAGAUUGAGCUACGAGAGGCUUUGAAUAAACGUUUUGCGGCCCUAGAAGAAGUCAUUCGUGCUUUGCAGCGGCAGUGUGAGGAUGCGGAGGCGAAUGCGGAAGUCUGGAAAGCUGAAGCCCUUCGCCUAGGAAACAAACGUGGAGGUGUGGUGAUUGGGGUUUCACCGGUUCCUCACAGCAGGGUGAGAUCACGGGUGACUCCUGCUAUGACACCCAACUCGACGUUGAAGGUGGAUGAGCGACUGAAAGGAGUUGUGGACAGACACCAGAUGGAGGUUAACGUGCUGCAGGAUAUGCGUUUGAAAGAGGUCAAUGCAAGGAAGCAAAUGGAGAAGGAGGUUGAGAAAAUGAAGGAGGAGAUGGCUAAGAUGCAAAUGCAGAACCGGGUAAUGACCCAAAGUAAUCUCAAGGCUCGUCUUGAUGAGGCAGCUGUGCAAUUGACGAGGAAGGCCGGGACCGGUAAAGAGAAAGUGGUUCCCUCUUUGACCGUUAAGGAAAAGGCUACCCCGGCUCCCCUUGACAGUAGAGAAGUUUUUUUGCGGAAGGAGAGCAAGGCAUUGCGCGGUAUGAAGAAGGAGGAGAUAAUGACUAUCUGCAGUAAGGAAGAUAUCACGUACACUACUCUUGAACCGACGAAAGAAGAGAUUGCGCAAAAAAGAACGACAUUAAUCUUUGACACCGACGAAGGUAAUGUUGACAAAGGGAAAGAGGUGUCGGUAUUCGAUGUUACCGAGGAUGGGGAGAAUGAUUCUGAAAAUGACGGGCGUGAAUCCGCGGCUUCUUAGGAUCAUGCCCGGACGUGACUUUUUUAUGGAGUAUUGUGCGACUCU